AUGCCGCGUUCAUAUGCUAGUCGGAACUAGGAAACUCGGAAAUUUCCGAUUUGCUGAUUCGUUGAACGUGUUUUUAAAUACAACCAGUUAGCAAGUCGGAAUUAUCCGAGUUUCCUAGUUCCGACUAGUACCUGAACGUGGCACUAGUCUUUAAAUUAAAACUAGACAAUUUCCUCUACGCCAACAACAGGGAGUGAACCGUUUGGAAUCACGAGGUGUGGAUUUGUGACUACGCCAAUAAAUGGCAAUAUCCAUCCGGACCUUCUCAAAUAGUACUUAAGGACCCCUGCAACAGGGCAUCAUUACAAAGCAGAUGUAAGGGAUAUGCCAUCGCCUGCCUUACUUCAUCAACUUUUAGUUAUUUCUUAAAGAACAGAAAAUGGCGACAACGACCUUGAUUUUGAGGAGUUUGCUAGUAUUCGCAGUGGUUGCAAUCUCGCCGGGAAAUGGAGCGCGAUACGCGGCCAAUUGGACAAGUAUCGAUUCCCGGCCACUACCAGUGUGGUACGACGAGGCGAAGAUCGGGAUUUUCGUUCACUGGGGGGUAUUCUCCGUUCCCGGGUACGGCCAGUUCAGCGAGUGGUUCUGGUAUUGGUGGAAAGGCGCACAGAGAGCGGCCGAGGUUGGGUUUAUGAAGAAAAACUACCCCCCGGAUUUUAAAUACGCAGAUUUCGCGCACGAUUUCAAAGCGCAGUUCUUCGACCCUGAUGAGUGGGCUGAUAUUUUUGAAGCUUCUGGAGCCAAGUAAGUUUCAAACUGUUUAUUUGUUAGAUAAUUGCUUCUAAUUCAUUAAUUUAGGCUACUCAACACAGAGCACACGAGCGCAAUGUAUUCACUGGCGAUUUUGGCAUGUAAAUCUUGGUGGCGCAAACUCAAAACCAUAUAUAUAUAUAUAUAUUCAUGCCAGCAAAGCCACAACACUAAACACUACAUUAAUUGGACUAUAACGGUGACAAACGGUGCCCACAAACUGUUAGGGCCAACAUAACGCUCUCCCAACACCUUUCCACUGUUCCACCAGCGGAGCCUUGUCAGUUCAUUCAGCCUCAUUUACUGCCUUAAAAACAUGGCUGAUAUGGCUGACUUGCAUAAACAAAUGUGGUUUCUAUUGACAACUGAGAUGCACAAACUAUGGCUUAAGGGGACGACGACGAGCGGAUAAGAGGCAAUCCGUAAUUUUAUUAAGACAUUAAUGGACGAGCGAGGACGGACAUAAAGUUAGUCAAUAUAACUAUUUGUUAAGCACUUUAAAAGUACGGCGACAGAAUUCAGAACAUGGGCCGUUCUUACAGUGUUCUCCCGGUACACCAAGUCAGAACCGUAGGAUGAAUAAAGGGGCAUAUAAGCAGACAAUGAAAGCUCUUACAAUAUUUGAUGAUGACUUUCUCUAAAACAGGCUAUAGGCUACAUGUGCACCAUCAAGUCAGAACAGUGGGCUAAAUUAUGAGGGGAAAAGGGACCAAAUUAUUAGGGUGAGGCACAUGGGCUACUAACGGCUUACUACACAUUUUUUUUUUUUGUCAUUUAGCAGACGCUCUUAUCCAGAGCGACUUACAGGAGCAAUUAGGGUUAAGUGCCUUGCUCAAGGGCACAUCGACAGAUUUUUCACCUAGUCGGCUCGGGGAUUAGAACCAGCGACCUUUCGGUUACUGGCACAACGCUCUUAACCACUAAGCUACCUGCCGCCACUGUACUACAGUAUGUCACAAAAAUGAGUACACCCCUCACAUUUUUGUAAAUAUUUAAGUAUAUAUUUUCAUGUGACAACACUGAAGAAAUGACACUUUGCUACAAUGUAAAGUAGUGAGUGUACAGCUUGUAUAACAGUGUACAUUUGCUGUCCCCUCAAAAUAACACAACACACAGCCAUUAAUGUCUAAACCGCUGGCAACAAAAGUGAGUACACCCCUAAGUGAAAAUGUCAGUUACAGUCAAAAGUUUUAGAACACCUACAUUUACGUCAUUUAGCAGACGCUCUUAUCCAGAGCGACUUACAAAUUGGUGCAUUCACCCUAUAGCCAGUGGGAUAACCACUUUACAAUUUUUUUAAUUAUUUUUUUUUGGGGGGGGGUAGAAGGAUUACUUGAUCCUAUCCAGGUAUUCCUUAAAGAGGUGGGGUUUCAAAUGUCUCCGGAAGGUGGUGAGUGACUCCGCUGUCCUGGCGUCGUGAGGGAGCUUGUUCCACCAUUGGGGUGCCAGAGCAGCGAACAGUUUUGACUGGGCUGAGCGGGAACUAUGCUUCCGCAGAGGAAGGGGAGCCAGCAGGCCAGAGGUGGAUGAACGCAAUGCCCUCGUUUGGAUGUAGGGACUGAUCAGAGCCUGAAGGUACAGAGGUGCCGUUCCCCUCACAGCUCCAUAGGCAAGCACCAUGGUCUUGUAACAGACGCGAGUUUCAACUGGAAGCCAGUGGAGUGUGCGGAGGAGCGGCACAUUCAAGGGUUUCUUUAUUUUUUAAAAAACAUUUUCUACAUUGUAGAAUACUAGUGAAGACAUCAAAACUAUGACAUAACACAUGGAAUCAUGUAGUAACCAAAAAAAUGUUAAACAAAUCAAAAUAUAUUUUAUAUUUGAGAUUAUUCAAUAAGUGAAUGCCCUGAAUGACGGGUCUCCACUGCCACAAAGUCACAGUCCUGAAUGUGGUGGACGUGUUGUUGCCUACCCUCACCACAUGGGAGAGGCCUGUCAGGAAGUCCAGGGUCCAGUUGCAGAGGGAGGUGUUCAGUCCCAGGGUCCUUAGCUUAGUGAUGAGCUUGGAGGGCACUAUGGUGUUUGAACGCUGAGCUGUAGUCAAUGAACAGCAUUCUCAUGUUUGGUGUUCCUUUUGUCCAAGUGGGAAAGGGCAAUGUGAAGUGCAAUAUAGAUUGCAUCUGGGAUGAUGGUGUUGAUGUGAGCCAUGACCAGCCUUUCAAAACAUUUUAAUGGCUACAGAUGUGAGUACUACGGGGUGGUAGGGAUUUAGACGAGUUCACUGCAAUUUUAAAAUGUGGGUCAAGGGAAAUAAAAGUGUUAUCAGUUUUUCAGGGGCGAAGGACACUGGCCUUUUCUCAAAUAGAUUUACGCAACUCCUGCAUCCUCUCUCCUCCAUCCUCUCUGGCCUCCUUUUGGAAAAGGUCAAAGGUAAUUCAGGAGAGGCGGCGAGGAGAGGGAAAGUGGACGGAAAUGUCAUUGUAUGAAAUGAGACUCGUUGUGCAAAACAUUUUAUAGAUAAAAGGUUUUAUUGUAUCGUUUUAAAAUGUUUGCAUUUGGGGUGUGAACGUUUAAACAUUAACACGCUUAAAGGAAAUUGGGAUCCUUGAGGUAAAGAAAAAUCUAUGAUGGGCUCUGCUUUGCUGAAGUUGCGAGACAAUGAAUUUGCAAAAUACAGCAUUCCUUUGUGAGAUGCAGCUUUUGAUUGCUGAUGGAGGGGCCUAGUGCACGGUUCUAACACCGGCUGCCUGGUGGCCGACCUGCCUAUACUGUGCCCCUCCCGUCUCUCUCCGUCCCUGGCUAGCUAGCUAUGAAAGAUGUGAGUGUUUGAUUAGUUUCCGUACUUCCGAGAACACAGUCUCCUCCAUUCCAAAAAUACAGAAUCUUAGGAUUCGAUUCCUAGCGGAAGAUAUUUUAUUUCUACUAAAUGUCACUGUGUUUAACAAACUUUUUAAAAGGGCUUUUUUAGGAGAGAGAGUGUGCUGAGCAGGCAGCAGGCAGGCAGCUCGAGAUGAUUUGAUUGACAGUUCUGGUCGCCUAGUGAUGGACGUUAGUCCCGCUUCAGAAGCGGCAUUCCUUUAUAGAAUGCCCGUUCAGUGGCUCGUCUAAACUAUCUCCAGGGAAAGUUUCGUGUCGGCAUUUAAAAAGCUGUAGUGUACCCUUUGAGACAAACAAACAUGCCGUAGCCGAGGCGGUAGAUGUAACUUCAUCGCCCGACCCUAACGGUCAUACAUAUGCAAUAGGACCAUUAUUUUUGUAUUGUGACAUUUUAUAUUUUUCUCUUAGCGUUUUUAACAGAAAAUUGUCCAUUUGUCACAUCCUUAGGUUGCUUUUUUUUUUCCCUUCGAGAAAACAGCUGAUUCAAAAGAAGCGUGGCAGAUUUCAAAACUCUUACGAUACACUUGUGCUUCCUCGCCAAACGGAGGUUUGCCUACUAACUAACACACUCCUCGACCGCUUAUCGGUUUCCGGGUCUCGGAGGAGAGAGGACAGACUUUUGCCCAAACGAGAACGCCACUGUCUACCGGAGUCCUAGCUAGCUAGCUACCGGUGUCGCCCCUGCCUGCUGUGUACCGGCGUCCUAGCUAGCUAGCUACCGGUGUCGCCCCUGCCUGCUGUGUACCGGAGUCCUAGCUAUUUAGCUACCGGUGUCGCCCCUGCCUGCUGUGUAGCGGAGUCCUAGCUAGCUAGCUACCGGUGUCGCCCCUGCCUGCUGUGUAGCGGAGUCCUAGCUAGCUAGCUACCGGUGUCGCCCCUGCCUGCUGUGUAGCGGAGUCCUAGCUAGCUAGCUACCGGUGUCGCCCCUGCCUGCUGUGUAGCGGAGUCCUAGCUAGCUAGCUACCGGUGUCGCCCCUGCCUGCUGUGUAGCGGAGUCCUAGCUAGCUAGCUACCGGUGUCGCCCCUGCCUGCUGUGUAGCGGAGUCCUAGCUAGCUAGCUACCGGUGUCGCCCCUGCCUGCUGUGUAGCGGAGUCCUAGCUAGCUAGCUACCGGUGUCGCCCCUGCCUGCUGUGUAGCGGAGUCCUAGCUAGCUAGCUACCGGUGUCGCCCCUGCCUGCUGUGUAGCGGAGUCCUAGCUAGCUAGCUAGCACACAGUGUCCUUUGCUCCCUUCAUAUAUCGUCAUUUUUCGCUCCCGCCUGCCGAACACCUGCCCUCACCAUAGUUAAUAGUGCCCGACAGGUGGGGGAGAAGAAUACUAGCUAGCUACGGGUGUCACCCAGCCUCUCCUUCUUCUGUGUGGUUUAUCGGUGGUUGGCAUCCAACAUUAUGGUGCAUUACCGCCACCUACUGUACUGGAGCUCCCCCUCCCCCUCCCACUCCCCUCCCCCUCCCCCUCCCCCUCCUCCUCCCACCUGUGUACCGGAGUCCAAUAGAAGUAUAAAGAGAGGUUCCUGCAGAUGCAGGAAUGUCCACAUGCAGGAAACGCCCUGAAUUGCAGGCCUCAAUUUACACCCUUCUCCCUAUUUCUACAAUUUAUCUUUUAAAAAUCAGAGUUUAAACAACCUUAACCACACUGCUAACUUUAUGCCUGACCCUAACCUUAAUUGAAGACUCAAAAAGCAAAAAAAAAAAUCUUGCAUUUUUACCAUAUAACCAAUUUUUUUACAUUGUGGCUGUUGUUACUAGUGACAACCAUGUUUUACCAUAGGAAAAUAUCAUGCACUGAAGCUGUAGGCUAUUAUUAUAAAUUGUAGUGAAAAGUUUAAAUGGGCUUUAGUGAUAGCCAGGUUUAUGUCCACAACAGUUGAUCGUCAGUGGGGGGGUUUAAGUGUGAGUGCGUGUGCAUUCAUUUGUGUGUGUGUGUGUGUGUGUGCGCGCAUGCACAGUGCCUUCAUUUCUGUGUAUGUUAAUGUCAUUGCCAGGUACGUGGUGUUCACAGCCAAGCAUCACGAGGGCUUCUGUAACUGGCCGUCUGCAGACUCCUGGAACUGGAACUCAGUGGAUACUGGACCACACAGAGACCUGGUGGGAGACCUGGCAGCAGCCAUACGCAAGAGGUAGGACACGGGUGAAGUUGCCCCAAACACUGAUCUUGCUUCAGUUUAUCAUUUCCCCCACUAAUGGUUAAGGUUAGGAUUGGGUGAUCCUAGAUCUGUACCUUAAGGGAAACUUCACCCCGGCGCCGGUAGGUCAGACAGGAGUGGCAAAACUUAUCAUUCCAAAGAGGGCCGGUGUGGAUGCAGGCUUUUAGAAAUAUGCAUUUCACAUUUCCAAGCGGCUCUUUCACCACCAAUACAUGACUGUGUUCCCCUGGAUCAGGAAACUGGUUUGGAAACCAAGGCCUGUGUUCUCUAAGCUUCUCAGACUAUCUAGGUUCUAGGAUCAGUGUUGACUUAAAGGGGGGGGGGGUGACCUGAUCCUAGAACAGCACGGGUGGGGGGGGGGGGGGGGGGGGGGGUGACCUGAUCCUAGAACAGCGCAGGGGGGGGGGUGACCUGAUCCUAGAACAGCACAGGGGGGGGGGUGACCUGAUCCUAGAACAGCACAGGGGAGGGGGGGGAGACCUGAUCCUAGAACAGCACUCCUACUCUGAGACUCUUUGUGAAUACGGGCCCUGGUUGGUGGAUUGAAUCUCAGGUCAUAACAGUUCACAUACGUCACAGGAGGUUGGAGACACCUUAACUGGGGAGGAUGGGCUCGUUGUAAUGGCUGGAGUGGAAUGGUAUCAAAUACACCUUAACUGGGGAGGAUGGGCUCGUUGUAAUGGCUGGAGUGGAAUGGUAUCAAAUACACCUUAACUGGGGAGGGUGGGCUCGUUGUAAUGGCUGGAGUGGAAUGGUAUCAAAUACACCUUAACUGGGGAGGAUGGGCUCGUUGUAAUGGCUGGAGUGGAAUGGUAUCAAAUACACCUUAACUGGGGAGGGUGGGCUCGUUGUAAUGGCUGGAGUGGAAUGGUAUCAAAUACACCUUAACUGGGGAGGGUGGGCUCGUUGUAAUGGCUGGAGUGGAAUGGUAUCAAAUACACCUUAACUGGGGAGGAUGGGCUCGUUGUAAUGGCUGGAGUGGAAUGGUAUCAAAUACACCUUAACUGGGGAGGAUGGGCUCGUUGUAAUGGCUGGAGUGGAAUGGUAUCAAAUACACCUUAACUGGGGAGGAUGGGCUCGUUGUAAUGGCUGGAGUGGAAUGGUAUCAAAUACACCUUAACUGGGGAGGGUGGGCUCGUUGUAAUGGCUGGAGUGGAAUGGUAUCAAAUACACCUUAACUGGGGAGGAUGGGCUCGUUGUAAUGGCUGGAGUGGAAUGGUAUCAAAUACACCUUAACUGGGGAGGAUGGGCUCGUUGUAAUGGCUGGAGUGGAAUGGUAUCAAAUACACCUUAACUGGGGGAGGGUGGGCUCGUUGUAAUGGCUGGAGUGGAAUGGUAUCAAAUACACCUUAACUGGGGAGGAUGGGCUCGUUGUAAUGGCUGGAGUGGAAUGGUAUCAAAUACACCUUAACUGGGGAGGAUGGGCUCGUUGUAAUGGCUGGAGUGGAAUGGUAUCAAAUACACCUUAACUGGGGAGGAUGGGCUCGUUGUAAUGGCUGGAGUGGAAUGGUAUCAAAUACACCUUAACUGGGGAGGAUGGGCUCGUUGUAAUGGCUGGAGUGGAAUGGUAUCAAAUACACCUUAACUGGGGAGGAUGGGCUCGUUGUAAUGGCUGGAGUGGAAUGGUAUCAAAUACAUCAAACGCAUGGUUUCCAUAUGUUUGAUUCCAUUCGCAGCCUCCACUGACAUACAUAUAUUCUGUUUCAACAGGAAGGGACUGCACUUUGGCCUGUACCACUCCCUGUAUGAGUGGUUCCAUCCACUGUACCUGAAGGACAAAGCUUCCGGGUUCAAGACCCAGGACUUUGUCUUCCGGAAGGCUCUUCCUGAGCUGGUUAACCUGGUGAUGACCUAUGAGCCGGAGCUGAUCUGGUCCGAUGGGGAUUGGGAAGCUCCGGACACCUACUGGAACUCAACAGAAUUCUUGGCCUGGCUCUACAACGACAGUCCUAUCAAGGUGAGCGAGAGUGUCCCAAAUGAUACCCUAUUCCCCUUCUGUAGUGCACUACUUUAGACCAGGACCAAUAAGGAUAUGACAAAUGAUUGACAUUAACUUUUACCAGUUGUCAAGGUAUCAUGUCAUGUGACAAGUGUCACCUGAACUAAUUGUGCGUAUUGUUAUUGUGGGGGUGGAGUUUGUCAUAUAUACAGGGGUUAAAGUUCUCCGUCACUGCGACGGAUUUCCUGCCUAUAUAUAUAUAUACACACACACAGUAUCAGUCUCACAAGAUGCACCUGGUCACAUUUUAGAUCAGGUGACUCAUGUCACAACUAGAUACGAGAGAACUCUCACCUUUUUUGGUUCUUGUUUUUUCUUUUUGUCUGAACCGGUUAAGACAAAGGUUGUCUUGUAAAUAGAAACUAGACUUCAGCUCCUUGUUAACCCAGAGGUUGUCUUGUAAAUAGAAACUAGACUACAGCUCCUUGUUAACCCAGAACAACACUGACCAUUGUUUUCAUUCUAAUUCCCCAGGACUUUGUGGUGGUCAAUGACAGAUGGGGGAAUGGUUGUUACUGCAAACAUGGUGGCUACUAUAACUGUGAAGACAGGUAUACACUGAACCUCCGCUCAUAGCCCCCAGGCACUUCUAUUACAUGUUGGUCAUUUAGCAGAUGUUGUUAUCCAGAGCCCCUUGGUAUUACAGUCAGUCCAUUCAUACUAAGGCAGAUAAGACAAUCACCCUGGUGUACAGUACCAGUCCAAAGUCUGGACACACCUACUCAUUCAAGGAUUUUUUUCGGGACUGUGACUUUGUGGCAGUGGUGACUCGUAAUUCAGGGCAGAGCCUGUUUAGCACAAAAAAAUAAUUAUAUAUAUAUUUCACUCACUACCACUGGUCAAAAGGGUUUUUCUUUAUUUUUACUAUUUUCUACAUUGUAGAAUAAUAGUGAAGACAUCAAAACUAUGAAAUAACACAUAUGGAAUCAUGUAGUAACCAAAAAAGUGUUAAACAAAUCAAAAUAUAUUUUAUAUUUGAGAUUCUUCAAAUAGCCACCCCUUGCCUUGGCAGCUUUGCACAUUCUUGGCAUUCUCUCUACCAGCUUCACCUGGAAUGCUUUUCCAACAAUCUUGAAGGAGUUCCCACAUAUGCUGAGCACUUGUUGGCUGCUUUUCCUUCACUCUGCGGUCCGACUCAUCCCAAACCAUCUCAAUUGGGUUGAGGUCGGGGGAUUGUGGAGGCCAGGUCAUCUGAUGCAGCACUCCAUCACUCUCCUUCUUGGUAAAAUAGCCCUUACACAGCAUGGAGGUGUGUUGGGUCAUUGACCUGUUAAAAAAACAAAUGAUAGUCCCACUAAGCCCAAACCAGAUGGGAUGGCGUAUCGCUGCAGAAUGCUGUGGUAGCCAUGCUGGUUAAGUGUGCCUUGAAUUCUAAAUAAAUCACAGAGAGUGUCAACAGCAAAGCAGCCCCACACCAUAACACCUCCUCCUCCAUGCUUUACGGUGGGAACUACACAUGCAGAGAUCAUCCAUUCAUCCACCCCGCAUCUCACAAAGACACGGCGGUUGGAACCAAAAAUCUCCAAUUUGGACUCCAGACCAAAGGACACAUUUCCACCGGUCUAAUGUCCAUUGCUCGUGUUUCUUGGCCCAAGCAAGUCUCUUCUUAUUAUUGGUGUCUUUUAGUAGUGGUUUCUUUGCAGCAAUUUGACCAUGAAGGCCUGAUUCACGCAGUCUCCUCUGAACAGUUGAUGUUGAGAUGUGUCUGUGACUUGAACUCUGUGAAGCAUUUAUUUGGGCUGCAAUUUCUGAGGCUGGUAUCUCUAAUGAACUUAUCCUCUGCAGCAGAGGUAACUCUGGGUCUUCCUUUCCUGUGGCGGUCCUCAUGAGAGCCAGUUUCAUCAUAGCGCUUGAUGGUUUUUGCGACUGCACUUGAAGAAACUUUCAAAGUUCUUGAGAUUUUCCAGAUUGACUGACCUUCUUGUCUUAAAGUAAUGAUGGACUGUUGUUUCUCUUUACUUAUUUGAGCUGUUCUUGCAAUAAUAUGGACUUGGUCUUUUACCAAAUAGGACUAUCUUCUGUAUACCACCCCUACCUUGUCACGUCACAACUGAUUGGCUCAAACGCAUUAAGGAAAGAAAUUCCACAAAUUAGGGGUGGUAUAAUUAAUUGAAAUGCAUUCCAGGUGACUACCUCAUGAAGCUAGUUGAGAGCAUGCCAAGAGUGUGCAAAGCUGUCAAGGCAAAGGGUGGUUACUUUGAAGAAUCUCAAAUCUCAAAUAUAUUUUGAUUUGUUUAACACUAUUUAUUUUUUGUUACUACAUGCUUGGUACUUUAUAUACUGUACAGUGUGGCUAUAGCUCCACCUAGUCCUCUGAUUGGGUGGAGUUUGGUUUAUGUUGAAUUUACCUAGACUUAUGUAGGAUCUACAUACAUUUGGUAGGAUAUCAGACUUGCAGCCAUGUUUCCUGUUUAGCGCCAUACCUGAAACAGUGGGACGUUUUCUCUUUCAGGUUCACUCCAGGCUCUCUGCCCGGCCACAAGUGGGAGAAAUGCCAGUCCAUCGACAACCGCUCCUGGGGUUACCGUAGAAACAUGAAGAUCAUCGAGCUGAUGGACCUGCCCACCAUCAUAGAGGUCAGGGGUCACAGGAAGUGAAGUCAUACUGUGGGACGAACACAGCUGGGGCGAUGCCGCGUUCAAAACAACUGGGAACUCUGAAAAAUACGAGGUCAAAUCAUGACGUCAGUGAUCUUCAGGCCGGAGCUCUAGAAAGAGGCCCUAGUUGGAAAUCCGAGUUGGAUGAACGUUCAAACGAUUUUUCCCCAGUUGGAGCUCGUUGUAUUGAACGCACUGAGGUCGGAAGUCUGAGAUUUCCGAGUUCCCAGCUGUUUUGAAGGACAUGGUGUGUGUGUGGUUAGCUACUGCUUGUGUAAACUGAGUUGGUACUAGUUUCAGACUCAGUGUACACAUCCAAUAACUUGCAGGUGCUGGGUAAAAUAAACUCUUGAAAUAAAGAUAGAUACCCCCAUUCAUCAGUGUGCAGGUAUCCAUCUUCAUUUCAUAAAGAGUUUUCACUAACGUGAUGAAUGUGGCUGUGUUUUUAUUUCAUAAACAGAGUUUUCACUAACUUGGUAAAAUCUGUUUAUUGACAGCUCUCCUCUGUAUCAUGUCUUGGUAGUGUGUGGGGGGGGGGGGGGGGGGGGGGGGGGGGGGGGGGGGUGGGGGUAGCUACUGCCUGUUUCAGUAAGCAUCACAGUGCUUUUGUUUCAUCAGGACAUGGUGUAUGGUCCCCUGUAUCUUGUUUCAUCAGGACAUGGUGUAUGGUCCCCUGUAUCUUGUUUCAUCAGGACAUGGUGUAUGGUCCCCUGUAUCUUGUUUCAUCAGGACAUGGUGUAUGUGGUAUCUUGUUUCAUCAGGACAUGGUGUAUGUGGUGGCCCUGGGGGGUAACUACCUGCUGAACAUCGGCCCCAUGGAGGACGGCAUGAUCUCCCCUCUCUUUGAGGAGAGGCUGAGGGGCAUGGGGGCCUGGCUGGGGGUCAACGGAGAGGCCAUCUACUCCUCCAAACCCUGGAGGAUCCAGACCGAGAACGCCACCGUACCUGUCUGGUAGGAGGCUAUACAAUACAAUACAAUACAGUCUGGUAGGAGGCAAUACAAUACAAUACAGUCUGGUAGGAGACAAUACAAUACAAUACAGUCUGGUAGGAGACAAUACAAUACAAUACAGUCUGGUAGGAGACAAUACAAUACAGUCUGGUAGGAGGCUAUACAAUACAAUACAGUCUGGUAGGAGACAAUACAAUACAAUAGUCUUUAUUGAUACAGAGACUGAUAGGGUUGAUGGGACCAGACUGGUAAUGAUGAGGGGUUUAUGGGACCAGACUGAAUGGCAGUAAUGUCCUGAGGCAUGAUAGCGUUUCAGAUGAUCAUAAUCUUUGUCUGUCUGGUGAGAAGGCUGUAGAAAUAGUUCACCUAAAGCAGCCUAUAUUGGGAUUAUGGAUGGAAAAUGACCUGGGAAUUAUUACAUUGAUUUCUAAACUGAAAUGUGGAAUCAUUUAUCAAACGUGGACAGGAAUUACUACAGACGGGGCUUUACUGCCAUCUAGUGGACAGGCAUUACUACAGACGGGGCUUUACUGCCAUCUAGUGGACAGGCAUUACUACAGACGGGGCUUUACUGCCAUCUAGUGAAACUCUCAUCCUAAGUCUUAAACAAGUCAUGACUGUGUGUGUGUGUGUAUAUAUAUAUAUAUCCUUCCAUAGGUACACCUCUAAGAACAACACAGUCUAUGCCAUACUGCUGGCAUGGCCUUCCAAACUGCUGUUCAGCCUCGCAGCACCCAAAACCUCUGAGGCCACUAAUGUAAGUAUAGCAGACGUAUUACUAUGGUUCUUAGCAGACGUAAUACUAUGGUUCUUAGCAGACGUAAUACUAUGGUUCUUAGCAGUGUGUGUCUGUUAAUUCUUAUUGAAGAUAUCAUGUGGAUUCUGUCCAAUAAGGUACACAGUUGUCACGGACAGCACCUUUUUUUUUUUUUAUGCUAACUGAAUAUUACCGUCUCUCUUCUCAGGUCGCUAUACUGGACAACCCGUCCGUAUCUCUGAAGUGGGUAUCGACGACACCAACCGGACUGGUGGUAGUCAUGCCUGACAACAUGCCAGUUUCCCCGGGCCGAGGCUGGGUCCUGAAACUAGAGGGAGUAGAGUGAGGAGGCAGUUUCCCCGGGCCGAGGCUGGGUCCUGAAACUAGAGGGAGUAGCGUGAGGAGG